UUAACCUAUAAAAAUAUAAAAAUAAAUACUGAGUGACAAUAAACAUAAUAAACCUGGAAUUAAUGAUUUAUCGAUUAAUUGUGAGUAAUAGACAGUGGUAAGCUGAUUAAUAGUUAUGAAAAAUGAUUCCAAAGAACCUUUUCCUCUGGACUAACCAGUUUGAUCAACCGUGCAUUGAUAUAUGCCCAGAGAUCAAGUUGGAAAAAUGUUAUGACAUGACGAUACCCUAUGGUGAUUUUGUACCAUCUGUAAAGGAUUUUUUCAAAAUCCAAAGACUUGAUAAUGGCCAACCAAAGAGAAUCAAUGUGACUGAAGAAGUCCUCAUUUUCUUAUCUUAUCAGCUGAAAAAUGCAACUACUUCUUUUCAACAGGAGUCCUCAAAUGAGGAGACAAUGAAAAUACUGUCAGAACUAUUCUGGGCACUCAGAAAUUGUUCUACCAGUCCUCAAACUCAAAAUUACAUUGUGGAAAAAACAGACAUUUCAGUCAGUGUUGUGAGAUUGUUUGAAUGUGUAAAAAAGCAACAGAAGUUUGUUCAAAUCAUAUUACAGUUUUUACUGAAUCUUAUAUCUGCAAAUAGAACUACUACAGAAACUAUUCAUAACAGAUUCUUUUAUUACAUUAAAAAGUUCAUCAGUGAGAAAAUAUUUGUAUAUGAGUGUUCAGCAUUGGUUUACAAUAUAUCCUUGUUUGUUACCUUAUGUGAUAUAGAAACUUUAGAGAUGAUUUUUGACUUGAAUGAUAGUGAACAUCAAAAUGAGUUCAUGUGCUUUUACUUAGAAAGCUGUGUUUCAAAGCCUGAAUUUUGGAAUAUUUAUGAAGGCCUGAAAGUUGAAAAUAGGUUAAAGAUUCUUGAAAUCCAGAAUCAAAUGCAAAUUCAAAAUAAUCCACAUAGUUUACCUGAUUGUGGGUUGAAUAUUCUCAUCAACAAUUUCUUGAAAAGUGGAGAAACUGUUGUUCAGGCCUACAUGGAGGAUGGCUUGAAAGCUCAUGAAAUAUCUCUGAUACUAGAAAUACUAUCAUCAAUUUCUAGUAGAGAAGAGUACUUGAGCAAAUUGCAAAACUCUAAAGAUAUUCUGAUAAAUGCUGGAGUAUGGCUGAUAAAUGUACACAGACUAGGAAAAACUUCAGACAAUUGUUUUACCCCUGUUCAAAAACUCUCAGAAUGUGAUUCUAUUAGUGGAGAUAUUGGUAGGCAUCCUGCAUUUGGUUUCAAAGCAGAUUUGGUCAGGUUGAUUGGGAAUUUGUGUUGGAAAAAUACCCAACUACAAGAUUUGGCCAGGACUGCAGAAAUUAUACCAAUAAUUUUGGACUGCUGUAACAUGGACACAAAAAAUCCCUUUAUCAUGCAAUGGUGUAUUUUGGCAAUAAGAAAUCUAUGUGAGAAUAAUCCAGAUAAUCAGAAGAUGAUAGCUGGCUUGCAUCAGAAUGGCACAGUUAGUUCUGAAAUCCUUGAAGAAAUGGGUAUAAACUUGCAAAGUGAUAAUGAAGGUCAUCUAAAAAUUGUGUCUUUGGAUUCAUUAAGACAAUAAAUAUGUUC